AUGGACCGGCUUGGCGGGCGGCCGUCGGGAACAUCGGGGCCGCGAGAAGCUACCGGUUUUCGUGGACGGCACUCUUCUCGAUUGAAGUCCUCACAGCAUCCCUUGAGAGACAGUUUGUUCUCGUCUGCUUCCCAGACAUCUAUCAGGAUGGUCUCGCCUUCUGCUCGCCGCUUUGCCGUCCAGGCCUACCAGUCUCCGUAUGCGCCGAAGUACUCGGUUCCCACUCACUUCCACGGCCUUACCCUGGGUAAGGUUACCAGAUAUGGUUCCAUUGCCAGCACGUUCGCCGUCACUGCUGGUGUUUUCGCGCUCUUUUUCCUUGGAGAGGUGCCUCGUGUGAGACAGGACAUUCUGUCGAAGGUCCCGGGGCUGGACCGCUACUUCGACAGGAGCAUUCCUCCGGAGGACAACCCUUUCUAA